GUAUUUCAAGCAUUUUUCAAUCUCAAAUUCAGAUUACUGCUGAUUUUGGUAAUACUGAACUUCAAAAUCACAUGUAGGAUUAGAGGUUAUGUUAUUAAUUUGAGCGCCUUUUUGUAAAUAUUAUGCUGUAAUAAUAUAUUAUUUACUUCUUUAUAAAAUUGCAUAUUUUAUUAGUUUUACUAAAAUUUAGAAAGUCAUGUGCUGUUUUUAAAUUGUUGUACUAGCAUAAGUUUUUAUUAGAUAAGUAACUAGUUAUGGAAAUCCAAAAGAAACUUUAUGAAGAAUUUCCUUGCCGUCAAAAUCAAAUAGAUACAUUAUACAAUAUUCUUGGCAGAGAUGGUGAACAUGCUUUGGGCUGUGUAUUCGUGCACGGUCCCACUGCGACCGGCAAAUCUUCGGUGGUCGAACGCCUGUUGCAGCUGACCGACAGAGUGCAUUUCGUGAUUAACUGCAUAGAGUGCUACACGGCCCGCCUGGCACUGGAGCCGGCCGCACGGGCGCUAUGUCAGAGUGACACGUCCGAGCGAGUGGACAGCGUGGCUGCGUUUGCUCGCCGCCUCAAGCAAGCGCACGCGAGCGGCGCGUUCACGAAUCGUUCGGUUGUCGUGGUGCUUGACGGAUGCGAAAGACUCGCCGAUCUCGGUCCUCAUUACUUGCCGGCGUUCGCUCGUCUCCAAGAGAUCACCGAUAUUCCCACUCUCACCGUCAUUCUCAUCAGUCACAUUUUGCCUGAAAAGUUUCUACUAGAUAGUGUGUAUGUAAAUGUGAACUUUCCUCAGUACACCAGAAAUGAACUGAUUGACGUGUUGACCGUACGUAAAGUGGCCGAUUGCGACAAAAACUUCUACCGCGAUUAUCUCAAUGUAUUCCUCGGUGUGUUCCUGCGAGCUACGCGCUGUUUGGAUGAGAUACAUCAUUUGGCCACAAGCCAUUUUCCGCAGUACGUAGCUCCCGUGGAGAGUGGCCAAUUGAAAGCAAGUGACGUGGCUGGCCUGUGGAGGAACAUCGCUCCCCGCCUAAAGUCGUCGCUCGACAGUGUCUACCUGGGAAUAGACAGCGGCGAUCACGUGGAUGACAAGAGAGAGGCGAAGAAAGGUCGACUGUUGACGCCGCGAGCGCAGCAAGCUCUGGACCUGCCCUACUUCGCCAAGCACUUUCUGGUGGCCGCCUUUCUGGCAUCGCACAACCCGCCCAGCACGGACCGGCGGCUGUUCGCCAAGAGCCACGGCCGAAAGCAGCGCAAGAGGGCUUUAGUCGGCGCCGGCCGCAGGGAGAACGCCGUUGACGCCCUGCUAGGGCCGCGCUCCUUCUCGCUCGACCGCCUUUUCGCCAUCUUCUACAGUCUGCUCGACCAGAGGACCAACCUCACCGCUAGUCUCAUGAUACAGAUUUCAUCUCUGGUGGAACUUGGAUUUUUGGUGAGGCAAGGUGAUGGCCUCGAACUUCCAAAGUAUAAGGCAAUGGUCGGCUUCGAUUGUGUUGAUCCAGUGGCAAGAACACUUGGAUUGAAUGUGAAGAAAUACAUGGUCAGCUAGAACAGCAUUGAGGGAACCAUCUACUGUAUUGAGGACGUUGAACGUUUCUGAUCAUCCUUUACAUUCGUAUCACAGUGUUGUCAAUAAAGGAUAUUUCAAAGUGUUAUAAUAUUUGAAAUAGGUACUGUUUUGCUCUUUAAAAAAUAAGACUGUUAGACUCACUCAUGUAAUGAGAAUAAGUUUUUGUAUUAAUAAAAAAUCAUAAUAUUACAUAGUUCUUUCAA